CGUGGAUAACGAAGCAGUCGCACGCACCGAAGGGAAAAAAGAUUAAUGAAACCAAGAAAGCAGCUCUCAAUGUCACAUGAAAGGCGAGAAAAACCGCACGGCUAUUUUCAGUAAGAGCAUUUCUGUUUUCACUGAAAGCGCCACGAGCGAGAGAGAAAGAAAGGCAGAGGUGAACGGAAAUUACGCCGCGUCGGAGCUGCAACGGUGCGAGCCUUUCUGUAGCAGGUAGUUUCUCAUUGGAUGUGUGUUAUUUUUUUUUUAACUGCUAGAUUAAAGUGACAAAAGCUGGGUGAUGAACACGAGGCGCCCUCUCGGAUAAAUCGCAAAGCAUGGCAAGGAUGCUCCUCUCAGAAGAAGCAGGUGUAUUCCGCCAAGUGAAGGCGCAGGACGCAGAACGGCAGCGACGCACAGCCGCCUCUGGACCGUAAUCACCUGCUCCAAAGGAAAACACCCCAUUCUAAGACACUGUGGCUCUUAACCUGCGUAUCAUCGUCAUAACAACUAGAUUUUCUCUCAACUUAAAUCUCGUUGGCUAACCAGAAGGAUGAGAGUGCCGUGACACAGUGGGACGCAUUUGGAAAAUUCUGUACUGACAGGAAGAAAAAGUCAAGGAUUGUUCUGUUGGCUUUUUUUUUUAAAUUUAUUUUUAUUUUAAAGCUCACUCUUAUUAAGGACAAAAUUAUCUGCAAGGAUGGCCGGGACACUCUUCUCAGUGGACUCAGUCUACAUAGGAAUGGAGGUGGUAAUUGCUGUGGCGUCUGUAAUCGGGAAUGUGAUGGUGGUCUGGGCGGUGAAGAUUAAUAAAUCGUUGCGAGAUACCACGUUUUGUUUUAUUGUCUCCCUGGCUCUGGCGGAUAUUGCAGUGGGAGCACUCGUCAUCCCUUUGGCCAUUACUAUCAACAUCGGACUCCAAACUCACUUUUACAGCUGCCUGCUUGUGGCGUGCACGGUGCUGGUGCUGACGCAAAGUUCGAUCCUGGCCCUCUUGGCUAUUGCAAUUGACCGCUAUCUCAGGGUCAAAAUCCCGACCAGGUAUAAGCGGGUGGUGACCCCUCGGCGAGCGGCACUGGCAGUCGUGAUAUGUUGGACGGUAGCGUUUAUUGUGGGACUCACACCCAUGUUAGGCUGGAACAACCUGAAGCGCUGCCAGGAGAACGGCUCCAUCAGCUCUGACCUCAUUACCACGUGCAAGUUUGAAAAUGUCAUCAGCAUGGACUACAUGGUCUAUUUUAACUUUUUCGGCUGGGUGCUCCCACCUCUGCUGCUCAUGCUGUUCAUCUAUGCAGAAAUCUUCUACAUGAUCCACAAGCAGCUUAACAAUAAGAAACUGAACACCAGUCACGCAGACCCCAACAGGUACUAUGACAAAGAGCUGAAUCUUGCUAAAUCCCUUGCUCUUGUCCUCUUUCUCUUUGCUGUGAGUUGGCUCCCCCUCCACAUCAUCAACUGCAUCACACUCUUUUGUCCUGAGCGUAACAAGCCCAAAGUCGUCCUCUACAUUGCCAUCCUGCUCACCCACGGCAACUCUGCGGUCAACCCAAUUGUCUACGCUUUCCGCAUUAAGAAGUUCCGCUUAGCCUUCCAGAAAAUCUGGCAGCAGUACUUCUGCUGCAAGGACACAUCGGCUCUGGAGACCCAGGCAAGUGACAGGAAAGAGAUGCCAACGUUAGACCUACAGCAGGCAACACCGCCUCUUUCUCCUCAGACAGAAAUCCCUAAACCUCAGCCUCUGUCUGAGCCGCAGCAAAACCAGAAGGCCGAAUCACCUCAAAAACAUAAAGGACAGUCAUCCUUACUGGGGCAGAAUGCAGCCUAAGCAAAGGAUAGAGCUGACGCCUGGAGAAGUAAUGAUCAAUGGGCAAAGCAUAUGCUCUCGCCUUGUCUAACGUGUAACAUGCAUUGUUACACAGGGCUACAAUGCUUAGCGGAAGGGAGCCAGUUAAAUCACUGGAUGAGCAAUUGUCUUCACUCAGGAGGAGUGUAUAUGCUAAAAGUUUGGUCAGAGAGAGGGAAAAAAAAGAUUGCCAUAAACUUGAAAUAAUGGAAGUCUUUUUCUGACAGUGACUGUUGGUUUAUCUUAGUAACAAACUGAGAACACUGAGCUUUAACUGUUUUAUUCAAUUUGGUGGAACAGUUGGUGGAAACAUUACAAGAUGUGCAAUAUAAGUUAUUGUGGUUGGUCAGUAUGAGAUAAUCAGAUAUUACAACUUUCUUAAACGUUUAUAUAUUCAAUGGAGGCGGCAACUCUUACUACUCCAUAACUGUGUGUAAGUUUAAAGUGACAGUGGCUAAAAAUAUAUGAAUGUAAUAAUGUAAAUAUGGGACUAAAAGCAGCACAGCUGUGAAUGAGCAUAUCUUCUUCAGGGCCUUCACUGGGCAACAAUGUGUAGUGUGUUAUCAUGGAAAGGUUUUUUGUAACCCCUUAACUCCUUUAUGCAGGAGCUCAACACCCCCCCCCCCCCCCCC